GCAGCCUGACUGAGCACCCAGAGAGAGAGAGACAUGCUUCUGCACUGACAUCAGCUCAGAUAAGACACGGACACUCGUGAUUUAAGGACAUCUCUCCCACCGGCAAGGUGAUCCACGGACUCGCUGUUUUCACCCCCCCUGUUAGCAGGCUGCUUUUUACGCGUGUAGUCACAGACGGACAGCGGCUCUAUGGCUGUUUCUCUUGGCUUCCCUCGUGGCUGUGAGGAGCGGAGCUGAAGUUUGAGCGGCUGAUUCCACCAUUUAUCCGAGUGUGAAGAUCUCUCAGUGUUUGUUUCUGCUGAAGAGUCCUCCCUCCUGUUGGUGGACUGUUGUCUUUCUCCUGAAGGAUGGUGCUGGAUAAGGAGGAGAGUGUGUCUCUCGUCCCCCUCCAGUCCAGAGAGAAGCCGAGGGCCUGUGCCGGCUGCAAUGGGAAGAUCCGAGACCGCUUCAUGCUGCAGGCGUUGGACAGGUUCUGGCAUGAGGACUGCCUGAAAUGUGCCUGCUGUGACUGCCGCUUGGGCCGCCUGGGCUCCACCCUGUACACCCGGGCCAACCUCAUCCUCUGCCGCAGGGACUACCUGAGGCUCUUUGGGGUGACAGGGAACUGUGCAGCCUGCAGUAAGCUGAUCCCUGCCUUUGAGAUGGUGAUGAGAGCCAGAGACAACGUCUACCAUUUAGACUGUUUCGCCUGUCAGCUCUGCCGCCAGAGAUUCUGCGUGGGAGACAAGUUUUUCCUCAAGAACAACAUGAUCCUGUGCCAGCUGGACUAUGAAGGAGGCCAUCUUAAUGGCAGCGUGGAGAGGCAGACUCAAUAAGAGGACGACUGUGAGCCAAUCAGACGAUAAAGAUCAUUGCAGCGUGGUCCUCGUUGGCUUCGUGCUUAAGGCUGAACCAUGUGGGAGAUAUUUCCAUCAGCUCAGAACUGAACUCUAAAACAGAGCUGUGUGGUGACGCUCCAAAAACUGAAUAUUUCUGAUCAAAAGGACUUAAGAUUGAAAAAUGGAAUAAUGAAAAUACAAAGAGGAUAUUUUCCAGAGCACUUAACGUGGACUCUGAUGGAUCCCUCACAGUUUUUUUUCUACAUUCAGCUAACGUUUGCCGAUAAUUUAAAGAGUCUGUCCACCAAACUUGAAACAGGAGCUGGAUGGAGCCAAUCAGCCUGCACAUAGCAUCAACCAAGUCAUCCAUCACAGAGAAAAUACUCGGUUGUCUUUUUUUUAAGCUUCUCUCUGAUUGUCGAGAUGUUCUGGCAGUCGCUGAGCUGUCCUCUGUGGUUAACUCCACCCGUCCAGCAUGCAGGAAGAAAAAAACCCAAAAACAAACUGAACCAUAUUCACAGAAACUACAACUACGAACGAGAAGGAUCUUCUUUAUCUCCGCUGAGACUGACAUGAGCGAUCAUCAGACCCACCAAACUUUAUUUUCAAUCCGA